AUGGGUAAUAUCCUUAUCUUGCGCGGAGACAUUGAGGUCCUACCACGGACACGACAGAACGUGUCCUACGAGUUUCUCUCGCAGCUCGUUGCUGAAUACCUCCUUACAUCGUCUCCAGAUGUAGACAUAUCCGCUGCUCUAUCUAUUAUGCCAUACACGCAAAGAGGAAUGGAUUUGAAUCCUGUCUUCACAGCCGCAGAUUCCUUCCAUCCAUCGGGCUCAGCAGGCGGCGAGCUGAAGCUAUUUGAGCAGGUCAACAUCCCCUUGCUGCACGGCUGGCUUGUCGACCCGGACAGCACCGAGGCACCGGUGCUCAAGCGGAUCCAAGACUACGACACGGCCGUCACACUCAUCGCAGAAGCUGACCACCUGACAAACGGGCGAUUCGUAGUGGACGAUUCUACAGUGCUAUCGACGAGUCCAGGCGACACCGCAAGUCCGCAUCGAGAGUGGACUGCAGAGGAGCUGCAGAAAGUCCAAGACGCCACCGUCGUCCGCCGCUUCCUCGACUCGACGCAGUCUCAGCUGACCUACCACGGGUUGUUUUACCUUGCGAAGUUCCUACCUCCCAACCAGCCAUGUGCGCUCUUCCGCAAUUCGCAUCUAUCUGUGCUCUACAAACACUCCCCCUUGGCCGCAAAUAGCAGCAACUUGCCGCCCAUCGCCGGGUCCUCAUCAUCGGCCUCGUACCUGAACCACGCACACCACGAUGAGGAUGCUGCAUUAUAUACUCUUGUCACAGACCAGGUUUUCUUGAAUGAGCCAUCUGUCGUCUGGGAACGAUUAGAAGACGUUGAUGGCGGGUGGUCGACAUUUGUCGACUCCGACUUUGUCAAGUCCAGUCCCGCUGGCGGAGACUUUGCAGGGCAGACUGCGGAAGAGGCUCUGCGCGCAUUCGAGGCGAUGCAGAAUCAGGACAACGGUAUUAUUGAUCCCGUGGAUCUGGCAUUGGCGAGGCAGCUUCAGGCAGAGGAACAAGAGGUGGCUCAAAGGGAACGCACAUUGCGAAUGUGGCAGAAGCAGCAGCGUGACCUGCAGCGGCAGCAGCAAGCAGAGCAGCAGGCAGCCGCAGAAAGAGAGAGGCAAGAAAAGAAGGAGAAAAAAAAGAAAGACUGUAUAAUCAUGUAA